GAAAGGGGAUCCUGUGGACAGAAAGAACUUGUCACCUAAAGGGUCAGAGGAGGAUGUCAGGAAUCGUUCUCAGGAAGAGGCGGAGCAUAGUCAGGAAAGUGCAACCAAACACAAUGCUGGGGUCCACCUAAAAAUCUCUGGUGAACAUUCCCUAGAGUCAGUGCCCGGAGUGACCCCAAAAAAGAAGAAAACUAUAAAGGGGGAUCAUCUCCUCUCUUCUGGGGUCAGGUGACCAUCAAAAACUGCAGCAAAACUUCAUGUGUGUUUCCAACCUAAUAAUAUUUUAUACAUUUCCCAUAAUCCAUUUUUAUCCCAACAGAAAAUCCCAGUAAGAAUUCUGAGGGAAACUUCAUGUUAUCCCUGAAUGAUAAAGGAGAAGAUGAAGAUAUGAUGGAGCGCUCCUCAGGAGAAGACCUCCUUACCCCUAAUGUCCAUCCCAGAUCUAUCCUAUAAUAAUCCACCUGAUCAUGAGGAACCUUCUCCUGACCAACACAUUGUUACCACAAGGACAGAGCAGAAAGGAGGGAAAAGGAUUCAAUGUGAUGAAUGUGGCAAAGAUUUUAGUAAAAGAUCACAUCUUUUUAGACACAGAAGAAUUCACACAGGGGAGAAGCCAUAUUCAUGUUCAGAAUGUGGGAAAUGUUUUAUAAGUAAAUCAUGUCUUGUUAGACAUGAACGAAUUCACACAGGAGAAAAGCCAUAUUCAUGUUCGGAAUGUGGCAAAUGUUUUUCAGACAAGUCAAAUCUUGGUUUGCAUAAAAUAAUUCACACAGGAGAGAAGCCAUUUUCAUGCUCAGAAUGUGGGAAAUGUUUUUAUAAUAAAUCAGAUCUUCUUAAACAUGAGCAAAUUCACACAGGAGUGAAGCCAUUUUCAUGUUCAGAAUGUGGGAAAUGUUUUUAUAAGAAAUCAGAUCUUGUUAAACAUGAGAGAAUUCAUACAGGAGAGAAGCCAUAUUCAUGUUCAGAAUGUGGGAAAUGUUUUAAAAGUAAAUAUGAGCUUGGUUCACAUGAAAGAAUUCACACAGGAGAGAAGCCAUAUUCAUGUUCAGAAUGUGGGAAAUGUUUUACAGCUAAAUAUCAUCUUGUGUCACAUGAAAGAAUUCACACAGGGGAAAAGCCAUAUUCAUGUUCAGAAUGUGAGAAAUGUUUUAACACUAAAUCAGGUCUUGUGUCACAUGUGAGAAUUCACACAGGAGAGAAGCCAUAUUCUUGUUCAGAAUGUGGGAAAUGUUUUAAUUGUAAAUCAGUGCUUGUUACACAUGAGAGAAUUCACACAGGAGAAAAGCCGUAUUCAUGUUCAGAAUGUGGGAAAUGUUUUAUUACUGGAGGACAACUAAGGAUUCAUCAGAGAUGUCACAUAGGGAAAAAUCAACAAUGAU